UUGAAACGUAAACAAAAAAGAAAACUUUCUGAAAUUUAUUUUUGUUAAAUUUUAAAUAAACUAAUUGCGCAAAUAUAAGUGUCAGUUCAACAAAAUCAGUAACAGAAAGAGACGAUAGUUGAACUGUUUUCUCAGAAGCCGAAUUACUUGCUAUAUCAUGGUGCAUAUUGCUAAUAAUUCCGAAUUUGCUGCAUUGUUUACCAUUCCAUUCCAGCGGCAAAAGAUUAUAUAUUCCAUUAACAAUGACUAUUUUGAAAGCAAUAAUAGACUUUGUAAGUUACGAGAAAAACAAACGGUUAUCGAUAUCGAUGAUGAAGACUUACUUCAUACACUUUAUGAUGAGUUUCCAUGUGGUGAAGUUGGAUGUCGAGCUGUUUUUAAAACAGUUCAUGAAUAUGAAAUUCAUUAUAGAAGCGCUCAUCGUCUGGUAUGCAGCGAAUGUAAAAAAACAUUUCCAUCAUAUAAUCUACUUGACAUACAUAUCCAGGAACGUCAUGAUUCUUACCACCAAACUGCUUGUGAAAAGAAUCUGGCUUCGUACUAUUGUUUAGUAGAUGGUUGCAACGAAUCUUUUGGUUCUGUCGAUCUGCGAAACAAGCAUGUUGUUGAAAUUCAUAAGUAUCCUAAAGACUUUAAAUUUCAAAAUUCUAAUGCUCUAAUGAAUAAAUUUUCUGAAAAAAUGGACACAUCCGAAAGUGAAGAACUUACUAAGCUUAGUAAAGGUACAGAUCGGAAUAAAUGCAGUGUUCCUCGAAAUAUUUGUUUUGGUCGUGGAUCCUCCCGAACGUUUCAGAGAAAAAGAGGGAGCAAGUAUCCUUCAAAAGACAUUACUAUGAAAGAAUUAGCAGAUGCUUUGUAGCUUGUUGAAUUAUUUAGUUUAUGACAUAACUUAAAAAUCAAUUAACCAAACCACUUAAAAGUACAGAAAUCUUUUCUUUUUUUUAAUGUUUUAAAUUUAGUAAACAUUAACUCACCAUGUAUGGAUCAUUACAGUUAAUUCGCAGAUCUGCAAGUACUAUAGCAAUAAACAAGUUUGAACGUUCUGAUUUAAAUCUAUUCAAGUCCAGUUUCAGGUCAAGCAAGGAGAUAGUUUGUUGAAAUAUUAAAGAAAGUCACAGUUCAUUUUUAGCUGAACUAUAAAAAAUUAACUUUAAAGUCACUAGCAUCUGUUAGCCUUAACUGGAUUAUCUAUAGCAGAUAAUCCAAUGAGACAUUGGAUUUUUGUAUCUGCUAUAUUGUUCUAAAAAAACUGUUUAACUAAGCUUACUCACUGCUUAGAACUAAUUAAAUUGGAAUUUGUUUAAAGGGCUGUUUUGGGCUCCAAAACUGCUUUUUACCAAUUGUGGUAUUUCAAAAAUGUUCAAUAAAAAAUUUGUCAUUUAUUAACAAGAAUAAAAUUUUACCUUUUUACAGUGGCAUCCAAAGCCUGGUCCCUUUCACGUUUUUCAGAUAUUUUCUUUUUUUGUGUUUACAUGCUUGAAAUAAAAAAAAAAGGAUUGUAUGUGCGGGAGAGGAAGGGGGGAGGUGUCAGGAAAUACUUUUAAAGAUGAACUUUGUUACAUUUUAUCCCUGAAAUAUGUAUCUUAAUAUCCAAAAUUUCUCAACUUUUCCUUUAAGAAAGAUUGGCGUGAAGUCGGCUGAUCACUAACACAAGACAUUCGUCGCAGGGCCUGUCCGUUUUCUCCAGAGCAUUGUUCGAAAGUAUUCACCCAAACUUCCCCGGUAGAUCGGAGACUAUAUUGUUUUCUAUGGCAGUAUUGUUUCAUGUUCUUUAUUUCGUCUGAAAAUAAAAGCCUCUCUUCGGAAUUGACCCUUCCUGCCAAAAACAUUACUGAACAUCUCAAUUUUCAUUUCCAGAUCUCGACACAAUGUGGGAGACAAAGGGACAAGGGAGAGACUGCCUGGAAACAGAACUUAUGAUCACUUUAAUGAUGCUACUAGUCUCAACUUUGGUUUUUUUUUUAAUCUCCACGUGGCGACGACUGCUAAUCUUGAUUUUUCCUUUACAUCUGCAGUUCAAAGUUGCUAUUUUGUCUACUUUUUUGUAAAAAGUUCGGGGCAAGGGAAUAACAAAAUGAAAAUCCACUAAUUUUUUAUGUGUUUGAUACAUACAAUUACUAUGAUGAUGUAAUUCAAUUAUUUUACAUAAUUUGAUUACAUUAUUUAUUGAAAUUCCCUUAAAUUAACCAUUUAGUAGGAAGAUGAU